AUGGCACUUAGUACAGGAGUGGUUCUCCGGCUGCUGAUGGUGGUGAUCAGGGGUAUAGCUGCUCCAGCCCCAAUCUGCUCUCUGCUGGGCCAACCCGCUCUGCCUCUCCUGUCUGCCGAGGGGGACAUCAACAUUGGGGCAGUGUUCCCUCUACAUAGGAAUGCCCUCUUCAAGGUCCAUUCGUUCACCUCCAGACCAGAGAAAACACCCUGUAUCAGUUUAGACCAACGUGAGUUCCAGUUUGCACAGACCCUGAUCUUUGCCCUGGAGGAGAUCAACAACAGCAGUGAUCUGCUCCCAGGGCUGUCUCUGGGUUACCAGGUCUAUGACUCCUGUAGCUAUGCCCCCCUUGCCAUCCACUCAGCCCUGGCGCUGAUGAACAGCCCUGGGCCUGAGGACAGCCUGGGAGACCCUUCCUCCUGUUCCAGAUCUCCAGCCGUGUUGGGUAUUGUAGGGGAGUCAAGCUCCACAUCCACCAUCGGAAUAUCAUCCCUGGUCGGACCAUUCAACAUCCCUGUGAUCAGCCACUUUGCCACCUGUGCUUGUCUGAGUAACAAAAAAAAGUUCCCCUCCUUCUUCAGAACCAUCCCCAGUGACUUCUACCAGAGCAGAGCCCUGGCAAAGCUGGUCAAACACUUUGGAUGGAACUGGGUGGGAGUGGUGAACAGCAACAAUGACUAUGGAAACAACGGCAUGGCCACAUUCAUGGAGGCAGCGUGGCAUGAAGGGGUCUGUGUAGAGUACCAAGAGUCCAUCCACCGCACAGACCCCAGAGAGAAGCUCCUGGAAGUCGUCAAGGUCAUCCGGAGGGCCACAGCUAGGGUGGUGGUACUGUUCUUGACCUUGGGGGAACUCAUCCCCCUGAUGAAUGAGAUGGCCCUGGAGGGAGACCCAGGGCUGCAGUGGGUGGGCAGCGAGGCCUGGAUCACAGCCAGAAUGCUGACGGAGAACAAGGCCUACAGCUUCCUGAGGGGGGCGGUGGGCUUUGCCAUCAGGAAUGCCAGGCUGGAUGGUCUGGAGGGAUUCCUAGACAAGGUGCACCCCUCCCAGGCGCCAGACAACACCCUGCUCAGGGAGUUCUGGGAGACUGUGUUCAAGUGCUCAUUCGAGGGGGGCAGCAGCACACUGUGCACAGGAACAGAGAGCUUAGCAAAGCUGAAGAACCAAUACACUGACAUGUCAGAGCUGAGAAUAUCCAGUAAAGUGUACACAGCUGUAUAUGCCAUUGCACACGCUCUGCACAACCUACUGACAGACUUAAAGAAUGACACAGACAGUGGCAAAAGACCAGUCUACACACCACAGCAGGUGCUACAGUACCUAAAGGAGGUGAGGUUUAGAGUAAAGACAGGAGAGGAGAUCUGGUUUGAUGAUAACGGAGAUGUGGUGGCGUGCUACGACCUAGUGAACUGGCAGCAGGAGGAGGAUGGGACCCUGCAGUUCCAUGUUGUGGGGCUGUAUGAUUCCUCGAUGCCCCCUGAACAGCGCAUUACCUUCAACAAGGGAAAACUGGUCUGGGUCGGGGGCAAGGCAGAGGCACCUGCAGCAGUGUGCAGUGAGAGCUGUCCCACAGGCACUCGUAAGGCUGUACAGAAAGGAAAGCCUGUAUGCUGUUAUGACUGUGUACCAUGUGCGGAGGGAGAGAUCAGUAAUAUCACAGAUUCUAACGGCUGCUAUCGAUGUGAUUUGGAGUAUUGGUCAAAUGAAAAAAGGGACCGCUGUGUGUUGAAACCAGUUGAAUUCCUCUCCUAUGAAGAAAUGAUGGGCACAGUUCUGGUGUUUUUCUCCUUACUGGGGUCCGGUGUUACUACUCUGGUAGCUGUUGUGUUUUCAAUUCAUAAGGACACUCCCAUCGUCAGGGCCAACAACUCUGAGCUGAGCUUCCUGCUGCUCUUCUCCUUGACUCUGUGUUUUCUGUGUUCUCUUACUUUCAUUGGCCGGCCCUCUGAGUGGUCCUGUAUGCUGCGCCACACAGCGUUUGGGAUCACCUUCGUCCUCUGCAUGUCUUGUGUUCUGGGGAAAACAAUAGUGGUGUUGAUGGCCUUCAGGGCUACACUUCCAGGCAGUAAUAUCAUGAAAUGGUUUGGUCCUCCACAGCAGAGACUCAGUGUUCUGGCUUUCACUCUCAUACAGGUCCUGAUCUGUGUACUUUGGUUAACAGUCUCCCCUCCUUUCCCCUACAAGAACAUGAAGACUUAUAAGGAAAAGGUCAUUCUAGAGUGUGAUGUGGGUUCAGCUAUUGGUUUCUGGGCUGUGUUGGGGUAUAUAGGACUCCUGGCUCUCUUGUGCUUUGUGCUGGCUUUUCUGGCUCGAAAGCUGCCUGAUAACUUCAAUGAGGCCAAAUUCAUCACCUUCAGCAUGCUCAUAUUCUGUGCAGUCUGGAUCACCUUUAUCCCAGCUUAUGUCAGCUCUCCUGGGAAGUUCACUGUAGCUGUAGAGAUAUUUGCUAUUCUGGCCUCCAGUUUUGGUUUACUUUUCUGCAUAUUUGCUCCUAAAUGUUUCAUUAUAUUGCUGAGGCCAGAGCAAAACACCAAGAAACAUAUGAUGGGGAAGACAUCCAAUGAUAUACGAUAUUAAAGAAACAUAUUUUGGGAAAGGCGUCAACCAAAGCCCUUCAGGAUGAAUAGUGACCAUUGGCCUAUUCAAACUCUUUCUAUAAUAAACACAGACACAUCGUAUCUAAGUCAGUCAUGGGUUAAAUUCAUCCACAGACACAUCAUAUCUAAGUCAGUCAUGGGUUAACCUCAUCCACAGACACAUCGUAUCUAAGUCAGUCAUGGGUUAAACUCAUCCACAGACACAUCAUAUCUAAGUCAGUCAUGGGUUAACCUCAUCCACAGACACAUCAUAUCUAAGUCAGUCAUGGGUUAACCUCAUCCACAGACACAUCAUAUCUAAGUCAGUCAUGGGUUAAACUCAUCCACAGACACAUCAUAUCUAAGUCAGUAAUGGGUUAACCUCAUCCACAGGCUCAAUUGAUACCGAAAAAUAGAGCCUGGAAACACUGUACAAUGAAGUGUUACUUGAAAGGGGAAGGGUUCAAAUCAAGGCAGGAUAGAGAGCCUGCUACAGUUUGACUAUGAACACUGCAGAAAACCUCACAAUGAUCAUAUGACUUUUAGGAAGCACAAACUGAUUCUGAGUUCGGGCAUAUUUCUUAUUUUAUUUAUUUCACCUUCAUUUAACCAGGUAGGCUAGUUGAGAUGAAGUGCUCAUUUACAAAUGCGACCUGGCCAAGAUAAAGCAAAGCAGUGCGACACAAACAACAACACAGAGUUACACAUGGAACAAACAAACAUGGAGUCAAUAAUACAAUACAGUGUGUGCAAAUGAGGUAGGAUGAGGGAGGUAAGACAAUAAAUAGGCCAUAGUAGAUACAUAAUUACAAUAUAGAAUUUAAACACUGGUGUGAUAAUAUGUGCAGAAGAUGAAUGUGCAAGUAGAGAUACUGGGGUACUAAAGGAGCAAAAUAAGACAUUUGCAUGUGAGAGAUAGACGUGAACUCACUUCCUUGUUUAGCCUAAUUCGUUUGCAGAGGGCAGGUUCUAAGGGUUUUGUUGGAUGGUGAUGGACUGAGAUAUCAGCCAAUGUAAAUCUGCUCCUGCCAUGGGCUCCAUUCCGGUCUCUUCAUGAGACAUUGUGAGAGAUGGUUCGAAAGAGAAAGAGCCGGCUGGUAGACGAGAUCUGUCACAUGUACAUGGAUGUUAAAUAAGUUCUGAACACACAUCCAACAGCACAUUAUGCCAAGCAGCCAUAUCUACAUGGGUGUGGUCGCACAUUAUCAAAGUCAAGACAAUAAUUUUGACAUAGCCUAUGUUUCUCACUGCUCUACCCCAGCAGCCACUGACAGCCUGCUGUGCUUCCACAGGCCCCCUCAGUGACUCCCUCAGUGACUGCUGCUGUCCAGUCCAGGUCCAGAUCAGGAGCCCACACACAAGCCCCUUACUGAGCCUCUGUCUCACAGGCCUGCUCUGGACAAGCAUGGUCUACUA